UGAGCGUGCAACGAUACUUCGGAAACAAAUUUUGCGUUCCACGCUCAACAUGGUGUACCUAACUUUCACAUCUGACCAACCUCAGGACACAUGGCUUCGUCAGCCUCUCAAGCUGCCAGGCGUCUGCGAUUGCUCUCACAUAUGGAUUCUGAUUUUCCAAUCUCCUUGACGUAUGCCGUCAAAAAUGGUGUCGAGAUUCCGCUGGACCUAUAUUUACCAAGCAAUCCGAAGGGUCUCCCAGUGCUAAUAUGGUUCCACGGUGGCGGCCUACUUCAAGGUCGAAGGGACGCAGUACCUCCCCAUUUCCAUGAUGCCCUCCAAAAGUAUCGAUUCGCUUUCGUUUCAGCAGACUAUCGACUGGCUCCGCAAGUAGGCGUAUCCGAUAUCUUUGAGGAUGUCGAGGCAUGCAUUGCAUACGUUCGUUCGCCGCAAGGGCUGGUGGCCCAUUUAGCAGGCCCAAACUGCCAAGAGGCCAUAGAUCCGACACGUAUUGCCGUGUCUGGGAGCUCUGCUGGGGGCUACCUUGCCCUUCUCGCUGGGCUUUACACAGAACCAAAGCCGAACGUGAUCAUGCCAAUUUACCCAAUCACGGAUCCUCUAGGCACAUUCUUCAUCACACCACAGCCGAUUCCUAUAGACAAAAAUGUGGAACAAUCAAAUAUUGCAACAUUCAUGGAUCCACAAGGCACCGUUAUAGCAAAUAAUGAUCCAAAGACGGGUAGAACUUUCAGCUACUUCUGGAUGAUGCAACAGGCCAAUCUCGCAAGACUGCUCAGAAUCCCUGUCAAGCGAGGCGAAGAGCAAGACCGAUGGAGAAUCUCGAGACAAAUUCGUAAACAUCGUCUGCCGCCGACGUAUGCUGUGCAUGGCGAUGCGGACCGGUUUGUUGGCGUUGAGCAAUGCGAUGAAGUUGUUGGAGUCAUGGUGGCGGAGAACAUAGUGUUCAAAUAUGAUCGCAGGCAUGAUCUAGACCAUAUGUUCGACAGCGCGCCUGGGACGGAUCUGAGUGGCAUGUACGAGUUUAUGAUGCAGCAUAUUUGAUGCAUUGCCUGAUAAGCAACGAUGGAGCUGAGCAAUCGAGGUCAACGUAAGGAAGUACAAAUUGUCGAAUAUCAAUCCAUCCAUAGAUGAGCAUCGUCUUCAAAGACGCAGUAAACAUCCCUUCAUCGAUUGGCCGCUCUCGUAUUAAUCAAUUCCAAGACUGCUCGGAAGCCAUAAAAUGUUUAGGUCAUCAAUUUCUCUUUGUCAGCCGACU